GACGGUUACAAAAGACGCGUUAUCACUCCGCCAUCCAACAGCAUCAUCAUCCUGAAAAAGUCCCGAAAACCAGAACCAUCCUUUUCUCCCUUGGAAUACAGGAGCUAGGGACCUCCUACGCCAUUUCUCCAACCCGCGACUCACCAACUAGCAAAAAUCUCAAUGCCAUCUGGCAAUCAUCAUCCCCAAUGCUCUCACAAAAAACCAUGAAUAUCCAUCGUCUUCAAGAAUUUCAACCGCCCUAAACACCAUGAUCAUUAGCUUCAAACUUACCAUAUCCAAACCCAAGCUCCUCCAAAUUCGACGAGGGAACAUUAAAGGGAGAAAAAAAGGACAGAAGAAAAAACCGCAGGGUCGAGUUGCAGGGAAGCAAUGUUGCCGGAAUCCACCACCACCGUCACCUUUUGAAAGCUCCUUGAAGCACUCUUAUGCAACUAUUAUUGUUCAUCAUUCUGCUGCUUCGUCUAUUCGGCUUCCCAUUUUGCUCUGGCUAUUUGAGGAGGCGGGCGCACUAUCUAGAAGGAUUCACUACGGAAAAUUUGUAGUUGAAGUAAAAUUCAAGAUACCCCUUGAAGAAUUAUUGCUAACAUUUCAUGCCAAAGUAAUUGUACACACUAUGGUUGCUUUACCAACAGUUAGAAUCUGUGUGAAAUUGCAACGGUUGAAAGUAAUACUUUAUUUUGUGUUAUGGUGUGGUUAUGUUAAUCUUUAUCCAUACGCUUGUUUUAUUUUCUGUUCUUAUUUUCUAUUCAUCUAUAGACUAACUUUCUAUUCUACUUAG